AUGCUUCUCAACAUCUUGAAUGAGGCCAUCAGUACAAGCAUUUUCAAGCUUCUGAUUGAGGAAGAGUCAGAUGAUCUGAUGAAUGCACAGUUGAACAUGGAGAGGAUAUAG